GCAAUGACAAAUUGAUUGAGAACAGUGCAAGCCAUUCAGAAUUUUUCCUCACUCACGAGUGGGCUUCAAAUAAUAAACAUUUUAGCACGUUUGGCAUUGUUUCGCAAUUUGCCUACGACUGGAGUGUUAUCUUUGGACUAAUUUACAACUCUUAAAAAUUAGGAAAAAUCACUUAGGAGUGAUUCAGUUUGCGUACUGUCGAGCUGCUAACUCUUCCUCCAAGUCGGUUCACUCGGUGCGCGCAAAAUGACUUCCAGUGGUUCUAGUGCGGGUGUUUUCCAGUAUGAGGCGGUACCAAGGGGUGAAACCACCCCAAUGAGCUCCACCAAAAAUUUUUCGGCAGCGAUCAACUCCAGAGAACAAUUGACCCCAAAAACAAAUGCCCAAAGCUACGCCAUCGAGCUCAACGAGCUCAAGAGAAAAGAAGCAGGCGAUUAUGACCCGUAUGACCACAGCGACAUCGAACAUCCCACCACGAACUUUGAAACCCUCAUCCACCUGCUAAAAAGCAGCUUUGGGACCGGAAUCCUGGCCAUGCCGUUGGCCUUUUAUCAUUCCGGCUACAUUUUGGGGAUCAUCGGAACAAGCGUGAUCGGCCUCCUGUGCACUUAUUGCAUGCACAUGUUGGUUCGUACCGAAUACGAGCUGUGCAAACGGAAAAAAGUACCCAGCCUUACUUAUCCGGGUACUGCAGAGGCGGCUCUGGCCGAAGGCCCCCCAUUUUUGGCCAAGUUGGCCCCCUAUUCCGGAACAAUAAGCAACACGUUCCUGCUGCUCUACCAGCUGGGAAUCUGUUGCGUCUACACGGUCUUUGUGGCCGAGAACAUCAAGAACGUCCUGGACCAGUACAUGGCCAAUCCGGUGGACGAACGGAUCAUCAUGGUGAUCAUUCUUCUACCUCUGGUUUUCAUCAACUACAUCAAAAACCUCAAGUUCCUCGCCCCCUUGACUAUCGUCGCCAACGUCCUCACUUUCGUCUCCUUCGCCAUCAUUUUCUACUUCAUCUUCAGCAAGAAAGUGACGCUGGAAGACCGGGAGCCGAUAGGAGACUAUCGGGACUUUCCGCUCUACUUUGGAACCGUUCUGUUUGCGCUUGAAGCCAUCGGCAUGAUCAUGCCGCUGAAGAACGAGAUGAAGAACCCUCAGAACUUUGGCUCCUGCUGCGGCGUGCUGAACAUUGGGAUGCUUGCAGUGGUAGUCCUGUACAUGAUGACCGGAUUGUUCGGCUACUUGGCCUACGGCAAGCAUGUUUUGGGCUCGAUUUCCUACACAAUUGAUCCAGAGAACAUAGCUGCCCAGGUUUGCAAGCUCAUGCUGGCUGUGGCGAUCUUCACAACUCAUGCUCUUUCCAUGUAUGUGGCGAUUGACAUUGUGUGGACCCAGAACCUUUUGAGGCGGUUCGAGAAGAGCUACUAUGUUAACAUUUGGGAGUAUGCCAUCAGGACUUGCCUGGUUGUUUUAACAUUUGGUCUAGCAGUGGCCAUUCCCUACAUUGAUCUGUUCAUCUCACUGGUGGGAGCCUUGUGCAUUUCCUGCAGUGGAAUAGCGUUUCCAGCGAUAAUGGACUCGUGCGUCCAAUGGCAGAGCCAUCGGGGAGUUAAAAUGGUGUUAAUCCACGCGAAAAACGUGGCAAUCGCGCUGUUUGCCCUGCUGGGGUUGGUGGUGGGCACUGCCACCAGCUUGGAGAAAAUCAUCGAAAAGUUCGGCCCAAUAGAAAGCAACAGUCUGAACAGCACCAGUACCUGAUAGGCGUGUCCGCUGUUCAGCUCAUUCUAAUGUGAUAUAUAAAUAAUCUCGUAGGGUGUUGCGCUGCUGAACAGAAGGCGAUAAAGCCCAUUGGUCCAGAGCAAUACCGCCCAAUUCCCAUUAGAUAACUAGAUUGAUUUUAGGUCUGUUGAUUAGCCAAUGAGUUGUGUAGUUAUAAGAAUGAGUUAUUUAUGUUAAGACACUUUCUCAGUUUGUUGAUGUAAUAUUUUGUAUAAAUUAUUAAAUAUUUUUUUAGUUUA